AUGAGUGUUUCUACUGCAAAGAGGUCGCUGGAUCUCGUUUCUUCAGGUUCGUUAGCAGAGUUUGAUGAUUCCAAACCCCAUCACGAAGAGAUCGAAAAUGAGCAUACAAGCAACGGUACACGUGAUAACGAUGACAACGAACAACCAAAGAGGAAGGGUACGAAAACCAGCAAAAAGCAAGAUUUGGAUCCCGAAACUAAGCAAAAAAGGACCGCUCAAAAUAGGGCUGCCCAAAGAGCCUUCAGGGAACGUAAGGAGAGGAAGAUGAAGGAAUUGGAGAAGAAGGUGCAGAGUUUGGAGAGUAUUCAGCAACAAAAUGAAGUAGAGGCUACUUUUUUGAGAGAUCAGUUGGUCACGCUGGUGAACGAACUAAAAAAAUAUAGGCCAGAGACAAGGAAUGACUCGAAAGUUCUUGAAUAUUUAGCAAAACGAGAUCCUAAUUUACACUCUUCAAGUAUCAAAGCUAAUCACAACAAUAGUAGGCCAAUUAUUACACCAAAUGACGAAAUACAAGAAAAUGUGAAACAAAAGAUGAAUUUCACGUUUCAGUAUCCGCUUGAUAAUGACAGUGAUGAAAAUAAAAAUAAAGAAAGGCAACUGCCUUCACCAAAUGAUCCAAACCAUUCGGUCUCCAUACCUAUAGCGCAGAAACAAAAGAAAUCGAGUAAUACUACCGACUCUUCUUCUGCUACUUUGGAUUCACUUUCAAAUAGUAACGAUGUUCUUAAUAAUACGCCAAACUCCUCCUCCUCAAUGGAUUGGCUCGAUAAUGUGAUAUAUACAAACAAGUUUGUAUCAGGUGAUGACGGCUGUAAACGUGAAACCAAGAACGUGGAUAGUAAUUUGUUUUCUAACGACUUUAAUUUUGAGAAUCAGUUUGAUGAACAAGUUUCAGAAUUUUGCUCGAAGAUGAACCAAGUCUGUGGAACGAGGCAAUGUCCAAUUCCUAAGAAACCCGUCUCUACCCUGGAUAAAGAAGUAUUCGCGUCAUCUUCUAUACUGAGUGCAAAUUCUCCCUCUUUAACAAAUACUUGGGAAUCACAUUCCAACAUUACAGUCAACACCCCUGCUAAUGUUAUUGGUAAUGACACUUCCAUCGACACUUCGUUUUCCAGUUUUGGCCAACUUGGUUUCGGUGUCGCUGCCAAUCAUCACGAUGUGAAUAACGAUAAUACUAGUAGCACUGGUAACAAGAACGGGAGUAACAAAAAUAGUACUAACAACGAUGAUGUACUUCCGUUCAUAUCAGAGUCACCAUUUGAUAUGGAUCAAGUUACCAAUUUUUUUUGCCCGGGGCCUACUAAUACUAUUAAUAACGUUGCUGCUAGUGCUAAUUCAAAUUUUCUGCAAAACAGCAAAGAUGAUAUACCUUUCAUCAAUGCAAAUCUGGCCUUUCCAGAUGAGAACUCAACUAAUAUUCAACUACAGCCUAUUUCAGAAUCACAGUCUCAAAAUAAGUUUGAUUAUGACAUGUUUUUCAGAGAUUCUUCUAAGGAAGGAAACAAUUUAUUUGAAGAAUUUUUAGAAGAAGAUGACGAUGAUGAUGACGAUGGUAAUAAAAAAGCUUAUAAUACAUCUGAUGAUGAAUCAAGUUUAAUUAAAAACCAGCUGAUUAAUGAAGAACCACAAUCGACACUAAAAAAUGAAAGUGAAAGUGCACAAAGAAAGGACAGCUAUGUGCAAGAGGCUAUCGACAAUAACAACGGUAAUGGUAAUGAUAAUGAUGUUGUUCCAUCCAAAGAAGGUUCUUUGCUAAGAUGUUCAGAGAUUUGGGAUAGAAUAACAACACAUCCAAAAUAUUCAGAUAUUGAUGUCGAUGGAUUGUGUUCAGAACUCAUGGCAAAGGCAAAGUGUUCAGAAAGGGGGGUCGUUAUAAAUGCAGAAGACGUCCAAUUAGCUUUAAACAAGCAUAUGAACUAA